AUGCCUCGUCCGACCCCAACGACACCCAAAGGCUACACGCGGCUACUUCACGAAUACAACAACCUCAACGAAGAAUAUAGCACGCUGACUCAGCAGUUACAAGAGAAUGUGAAGUCGUAUCAAGAGCAGAUCAGUGAGAAUGCUGGGAUUAUGAAUGAAAUGCAAGAGACGAUUAAUAAUCUCAGGUCUCAGUUGACGGAUGGAAGCGCCAGUGGAAGAAUUUCAACACAGGUAGGGGAGAUUGUAGAAAUCUAAUCCUUAAGGAUUAGACAAAAUAACUCGACGGAAUAUAUUUACACUGACCAGUUUUAAACCGUUCUGACUCUCUAAUUACGCCUGUAUUCUAAAAGCUCACUCACACUCAAAGAGUGGAGGUUCAGUCUGAGCUUUUCUUGGGUGUCAAUGCUGUUUUUGAAUAGCUGGAGGGUGAGUAGUCACAUAGUAAGAUAUGAUACUAACCAUCCAGCUAUUCAAAAACGGCAAUGACACUCGAGAGAAGCUCAGAUUGAACCUCCACUCUGUGAGUGUGAGUGAGCUUUUAGAAUACAGGCAUUAAGGUCUAUUAAGAGUAAACCACGUCUGUCCUGUAUUACUACAGUAGCAAACCUAAAGCCUGGGUUUCUGGGAUCACAGUAUAGGAAUUUUGCAUAGGGAAAUGCUAAGUUAUGAAGGAUUUAUAAGACAUGUUUAAGAGAACAACACUGAGUCAGUUCUCCUGCUUGUUGGCUGAUGGUGGGAAGAUGUUGGAUUGAGGUAGACUUUGCUUAAAAGUGAGUUGAAAGUUUUUGAAUUUGAAAAAUAAGAUUCAAGUCAUGAAAUUCCUUCGAUUUAUGUAAAGAAGGGCUUGAAAUUCCUUGAAUUUUCCCGCUUUAGUGUUUGGAUAUUUUCGGAAAUUUGUUUGACAUUAAUUACGAAUGUUGAUAUGACUUCGUUUUUGUCUUACAAAGCUGUUUGAAAUUCAUUGAAGUUGCAAAAUGAACAGUUUAACAUCACUUUUUUGCUGGUUUCUGGCGCCGUUUUUUCAGCCCUUUAGUCCUUGAAUUUUCCCUAUACAUGGCUUUUAAAAGUCCUUGAAAACUUUUUGAAUUUACUCUUCCUCUAACCAACACCCGAGGAAUACUGAAACAUUCACACAUAAAUAUUUUCCCGAUGUGCUAUCCAAAAGAUAUUUAUUUUAGCACCACCUUUUGCUUACAAUCUAGUUUUAAGUGUUUUGAAACAUGGCCGGAUUUUGAGGGAAGGUGUGGAAAGGUGCUCACCUCCACCGAGAUCGUUUGGCACCUCCCCUGAAAAUCGUGCACCUCUCCUUGGGAAAGUUUCAAUAAUAGAUCAAAGUGAAAAAUUGACAUCUUUGGUUGCUUAGGGUCUAUACUUCGUAAGAAAGUUUUGACUGUUAAAUUGGAACAGUGAUAGCCAUUCUUCUAUGUCCGUUAUAUCGCUGCACCUCCCCAAAAUUUUGCCGCCUCUCCAACUAUUUCUACCAAAAUCCGGCCUUGUUUUGAAAAGUAUUGAGUGCUCGGUAACACAGAUUUUUCGUUUCAUUCAGCCAUCAAUAUCAUCUCUGAUGUUUACACGUUUGGACGCAGAGCGGAAUGUCAAGUCAAUGAAACGAGCUGUGUUGACAAAACGUUUGUCUCAGGAUUCAUAUAAUACAGUUAUUCAAGAAAUGAAUCAAUAUGUUAGCUUGCCGGGACGGCGGUUAGCUGAGCUGGUCAAGAGAUACAGACAUCAUUGUAUUAUGAAGGACGUAG